AUGUCUACUGCUGUCACUCGAACUUUCGAGGAGGAGCGACAGAUUACCGUCGGCGAUAUCGAGUGUCUGUGCGAUCUGGUGGUCAUGCCACGUGCUGACAUGGAAGAGAAUGCAAGCCGUAUUGAAAGCGUUGCCGAGGACAUAGUCGAGAUCCUUCUGCCUCUCGGACUGCAACAGGGUAACUCCGAUAACAACCAGACCCCCGAGUGUUUUGAGGAGCGGUGUCACAGGUAUAGUCUCCAGCUUCGAGAGUACGCCACGGAGCUUCGUCUCAGCCCCAACCUAGCGUAUCACAUUUCAUGGGCGCUUUACGGUAUUAUGUGCCUUGUUACUACUCUUAGCAUUUGUGACUGCCGGCAUAUCGACGACCAUGCGCGGUAUUAUGAGAUCCAUCUGGCCAGAUAUAGUCACCGGCUCAGGUUUCCCCCAUACUUCUUACCCGGCGAUUCCUCUGCUAUUUUUCAGCAGAUCUCUGUUAACUUCCAGGUUUUGGCAAUCCGCCCUCUAGACUCCAACUGCCGGUGUCACAAGUGUUGUAUGCGUGAAACGAUUUUCUGA